AACAAAACACACCACAAAAAUUGCAUGAACCUAUAAAAGUACAAAAAUGGACGAAACUGCAACUUCUUCGGAGGUCACCGAAACAUUUGUUUCAGACCCCACAACAAGACAAUUCGAAGAAGAUGGACACCCUCCACUGGAAACUCGUCAUUUGAAUAUGAUUCAUGAGGAACUGGAAAAGCUCAACAUUUCCACAGAUGUGAUUAACAAAAUGGAGGUUCAGUUAGACUUGGCUAGGGCGGAUUUUAGAGAAACACAAGUACAGUGGUCAGAAAAGCUGAAAGAGCUGUCAAAACAGUACUCAAGUCAGAUUGCAAAAGCUCGGCCGUUUUAUGAAUUAAAAAUUAAGGAACGAUCACUUCGGGAAGAAUCUCAAAAAGCCGCUGAACGUUUCGAGAGAGCUACGUCGAUUUUAGGCAUCGCAAAGCAACAAGUGUCCCUCACGCAGGAAAGCUUAUCCCGGCAGACUUCAGUACUUCCAGAGUGCUUAGAGGUGCUCAAUCAUCAUAUUCAAAGGGUCAGAGAAGUGGAGGAAGAACGAACUGCGGCAGAGUCAUUGCACGCGUCCAAAGCUCACGCGAUGCUACAUUUGGCAGAGAAGAUAAGGGCUAUGGAGAAGGAUAACAGAUAUGCCAUUAAAAAGUCACGAUUGUACUUCGAAAAACGUCUGGAAUUCACAAAAAUACUAGAAGCCCAAAAAGCCACAAUUCUAUGCCUCGAAGCAGAAGUACGUCAGAAGAAGAACGACUACACAACGUCCUUGAGGAAUUUGGAACGAAUCAGUGAACGGAUUCACGAGGAAAGAUCUACUGGUUCCUUAGAAAGCGCCGUGUCAUCGGAUCAAGAAGAUCAGAAAAGUGACUUCAAAAGUAGUGAGAGCCUUCCCGGUAAUCCGCCGCCAUAUGCUCCUACCGCACCGCCGCCGUACGAAGACAAGUAUAUUAUUGAUAAGGACGAUGACUCGAUUGUGUUGAAUAUGAUCAAAACAGAGCAAGAGGAGGAAGGAGAAAAACGAAAUUCGAGAUCCCUUGGCUCCGGAGUCAUUCUCCUGGCACAGCAGCUGAUUGGAAAUGGCAAUUCAACUGAAAAACACAACAUUACACCGCCGAGACACGGUGAAGAAGCAGACAUCAGCUAUCACACACGUCCAGUUGGCCUUUCUGAUGGAUCUGACAACUCGGAAGUCUCUUCACUUGCCUCAUUCAACAUUGGUGAUGAUGACACUGUUUCAAAAAUGUUGAUGAGUCAUUCGGAGUUGAUAAAGGAUAUCGAACUGGCUACUGACCGUGUUGGCCACAUUCUGAAGCCCAACAUCAAAAGUGUAUCAAAUGCUCAUGAAUAGAUUGUCAAGUCAAAAAUCUGUAAUCUUGACUGUAUCAAUUUCCAUGUAUCUUCAUUUUACAAAAUCUCUUUUCUACCGUUUUACUUUGUAUUUUCCCUCCCCCAAUCUUUUCAGAAAUUCAAAAAUUGGCCCCUUCACGUUUUCUAAUAGUUUUAGGGCUCUCGCAAGUCUCCGGGUGGACGCCUCUUUGUUUGUCUAAACGUUUUUCUCUCUCACACCUCUACCAACUUGCCUCAGUUUUUUUGUCGUGUGUUUUUUAAGAAUCAUUUUUCGUACUAUUUUUUUUGUUGGUUUUUCAUACUGAAACAAAAAAAAUUAACUUUGAAACU